UCUCUUGGUGGCAGCGGCUCAGAGGGGCCUUUGCUGGACGCUGUUGCGAGGGAGGCUAUUGUAGCUGCAGUUGCUGACCUGGCGGAGCGGCGGCAAGCGGCUGCGGCCGAAGCGGCAGCGCGCAGCAGUGAUGAGGACGGCGGCCAGGAGGAGGAGUUGAGCGAGGAGGGCGGCAGCGAUGGGAGCAAGGGUAGAGGCGCAGUCGCGGCGGCAGGGGCAGCUGCCGGAAAGAAAAGGCAGCGGGACGCGUGUGGCGGCUGCACGCGCGGGGCCUGCGGCCAAAGCCACGAGGCGGGCGCUGAAGAUGAGGAGGCCCCAGAGGAGAGGGAGCGGCGGCGGGGCAAGCGACGAGGUCAGGCGGCUGCUGGCGGCCAGGCGGGCGGCGGCGAGGACGCACACAAGGGUGACCAGCGAGAGGCUCCGCCUGACCCUGCAGCAGCACCGGGAUUUAGCUUUGGAUUUCAGCUGUAA